AUGAUGAAUGCCAAGAGCAUGGAGUCAGCUGGCGGUAAGCGGAUCAAGUCUGCAGCCGAAGCUGCUUUGAACAGGGGGCGGCGCCAGGCUGGACAAAUCCCACGGAACCCCCCACACCCGACCCAAUGCAACUCAGAAGAAGCCCGAGAUGCGGGCGGACAGCUCACGCUUGUGGCUCAAGCUGGUCGGUUCCUGACCAACUUUAUGAGUGGCGAUUGCGCACUCUACAGCAUCGACGAAGAGGGCUCCAGCAGCUCUGUGUUUUUGAUGACCGCGUGGAAUCACAACGCUGCGAGGCCAAAGCCUCUGGGGCGACCCACCGAGAGCAACGCCUUGCUCGAGACGGUAUACUGGGACACGCUGGGGAACCCGAGCUGCACGUGCGAUCGUGGCCGCUUGAGCUUUGGUGCAGCUUGCGUUCACAAACUGGUAUUGGAAGCGCUCCAGGAACGUCGGCAAUCAAGCCACCGGUCAUUUCAGAAGGGGCAACGGGUGGUGGAGGCGCCGUGCAGUGGCGUGGGGCAGAGAGUGCUCGGGGUGUACUGGAACGCGG